GAUUAUUACAAUUAGAAAUCAUAUAUUCAUAACAAAGAACUCAAACAACACGUAUGUCUAAAAGGCAUCUUUAAGACGUCUUUAAGUCUUCUUUCAGACAUGUAUAUCUAAAAAAACGACUUAAAGACGCCUUUUAGACACGCGUGCUGUAUGGGAAGAACGUUUUUAGAAUAUUCGUCGAGAAUGCCUUUGGAAUAUUUGUUCAGAAUAAGUUUUGAAUAUUCAUCGAGUUUAUGAAUUGCACAUUAUUGCGUAAUACAUUUAUCUUAUGCAAAAGUAUACUAUAAUAGUGUAAACUAUUCUAACGAACAUCUUUUUUUCGGCUUCUUCGCGAUAAAAGCGGAGAUGACAAAAUAUCUUUCAAGAAUAAUUUUUAACAAUCUUUCUAUAAUCGAUCGAAGAUUUUAAUCACCCAUUGGUAAAACAUUGGAAGGAUAGGUAUAACGAAAUUGUUUUUGCAGUUAAUUUUCGGAUAAUACUUUAAUUUGAUAUUGCUGUAUGUCUUGAAAAUAUGUACAAGCGGUUGUCAGAGCAACGAGUGAAAGAAUGAAACCAGCAGCCUUGCCUUUUUUUUUCUCUCUACCACGCGCGAUAUUGAGGACGCACGUUUGAUCUCUUCAUGUCGAUGGUUUCGAUUGUAAACUCACGAUGUACUGCGAAAUACCGUUGUGACAGAGUGUCAUUUACGUUAAACACAAUAAAUCAACGUUAUGAGGCAAAGAAUGCUGGAAGUCAUAUCGACGUUGCACGCCUUUUAUCUUCAAUUCGUCUAAAGCUGUCAGCGUAGCUAUUCCGCAAAUUUAUUUAGCGCAAUCUCACCAGCAUUACAUCGUACCUUCUGCGUACGUAUACUUUUACUUACACCAGUAUUUUUAAUCGUAAAUUCGAGUUGGCAAAUAACGAGGGAUAUGCUGUUAGUUGGGCGACCGGCGAUGAAGGGAAAGGACGACGAUCUUGGAGGUGAAUCCGGAGGCAGGAUUGACGUCGAUAAGCCACUUUGGAGCCAGGACACGUACCUCGGAAGAUGGAUGCAUUACGCCUUCACCACCGAUUGCCGCACGAUACUCGUGCCGGCGAAGACAUUGUGGGAAGCAAAAAAGCUCUGCGAGGACUACAAAGCCGGGAAGGAGCCGGAGGGCCUGCAGAGAAAGGACAUAGUCUACGCGAAGAAGCUCAGGGACAGCGCCUUCCAUCCCGAUAACGGCGAGCUCAUGCACGUGAUAGGGAGAAUGUCCUUCCAGCUGCCCGGUUCCGUCGCCCUCACCGCCGCCAUGUUGACCUUCUACAAAUCCGCCUUCGGCGUGAUAGCCUGCCAGCUGGUUAAUCAGGGCUUCAACGCGUUUGUCAAUUACACCAAUCGAAACGCGAUGAGCGACGAGCCGCAGGACACCGACGUUAUCCGGCAGGCGUUCGUGCUUGCCACCGCGGCGAGUUGCGCUGCCGCUUUGGGAUUCAGGAAGCUGUUCUCCGCCAGAGGAACUCUCUUGGCAAGAUUUGUUCCGUUUUGCGCGGUGGCUGCUGGCAACGUGGUGAAUCUCCCGAUCAUGCGGCAACGAGAGAUCGCACGGGGCAUUCCCGUAUUCGUCAAGAACGGUGACGAGGUGUGCAUCAUGAAGUCGCAGGUGGCCGCCGUCAAGGGUAUCUCCGAGUGCAUUCUCACGAGGAUAGUAAUGGCCGCGCCCGGAAUGCUGAUGAUCCCGGUCAUCACGCAACGAAUGCGAUCGUACUGCUUCUACCAACUUCGUCCGUGGAUCACAUUUCCCGUCGAAAUUGGCUUGUGCACGCUCUGCUUGCUGGUCAUGAUUCCUUCGGCGCUCGCCAUUUUCCCGCAGAGAAACUCGAUGAAGCCGGAACUGUUGAAGAUAUAUCCGGAGGAGUACGAGUUAUUUCGAGAGCAAAUGGGUCAGCGCAAACAUCCGAAUAAAGUUUAUUACAACAAGGGAUUGUAGUCAAUAUAAAAAAAAGGUAAUUUUACAUUCUGUUUGGUACACAUAUGAACAUGUUUUUAGAUUUUUCAUUCGAUUUGCGAAGUUUCCGAACUCUCGAAAGGUGAAAUGAUAGAAAUAGUUCAAACUGGCGUAAAGGCAAAAUAAUAAUAUUCAAUUAUCGAACAACAUUUAUUGACGCAACUGUCGUGAUAUUAUUUAUUUUUUCAUUAAUUAUGUGUGUAGCAAAGUUUCUUAUCGUAUUACUAUGUGUGGCAGCAUUUUUACUUUCGAAGUAGACCUCUCGAAAUUUACAUAAUAACGUUAAGUAAUUAAGUACACUGUUUGAUUAAUGUUGUAUUUAAAACAUGUGGAACUUAUAAAUUAACGUUAAAACACCUGAGAGGAACAAUUAAGCACUUAUAAUUAAAGCAAUAAAAUUAUUGCUACAGUUUGUAAUUAUUGUAAAUUGGAAAAAACAUCAAUUUAUACUGUUGACAUUUCAUCCUUUACUAAUCUAUUGUUUCUAUUGCAUCGCUAUUAGCGUGUCUCUUAUUGUAAGAUCAGCAUGUGCCGACGGAAUUUUAUUUUAUCACCCUGUGAAUAUUGCGACGUUCAAACUUUAAUAUUUCAAAUCAUAAAAAGAGCUAUGCACAAAUGUUCAACAACAAAUUAAAAGAAAUUUCUAUUACAAUAAUUGACUUUAACCUAAUAAGUUAUGUUAAUUUUGGGUUCAUCUCUGUUCCAGCAGAAGAAUUUACCAUUACUGUGUCACUUCAACAACGAUAUUAUUAUAAA